CUUUUAACCAAGUGCUGUUUUGCAACUCGUUCAGUUCCAAAGAUCCAUCCAAACAAUGAAGACUCUCACAGCCUUCGCCGCAGUAAUUUGCAUCUCCUUGGCCGACGACACGGCCUUGAAAGAAUUCACUUCAGGCAAUAAUUUGUUUACCACAUCAAUUUACAAAGAAAUCAAAAAAACAACACCUGGCAAUUUCCUCGUGAGCCCCUUUUCGGCCGAGUCGGUCCUGGCCCUGGUCCAAGGGGGCGCCAAGGACGCAACCGCCCUGGAAAUGCGCGACGCCCUCCACCUGCCCGCCGCCCCCGAAACGACCCAAGCCGCCAUCAAAGCACUCCACCCCCAACUCAAGCAAACCCUCUACACCCUCAAAACCGCCAACAAGAUCUACCUCAAACCAGGGUUUGAGGUGCGGCCCGAGUUCCGGAAAGUGGCAAGUGAGGUUUUUGAGGCCGGCUUGGAGAACAUCGAUUUUGAGAGGAAAGAGGAAGCUGCCCAGGCCAUGAACCAAUGGGUGGAGGAACAAACUGAACACAAGAUCCAGAAUUUGAUCAGUCCGGAGAAUCUCAAUUCCAGGACGCGCUCAAUUUUGAUCAAUGCCUUGUAUUUCAAGGGCAAUUGGAGCUCUCCGUUUAAGAAAUUUUUAACGAAAGAGGAGGAUUUUUACAAGAAUGGCAAACAAGUGGCUCCUGUUGCCACAAUGAAGCUGCAGUCGUCGACAAAAUACUACGAGAGUGAGGAACUUAAGGCCAAGUUUUUGGAGCUGCCGUUCGAAGGGGGUGAUGUGUCGAUGAUUAUUGUGCUUCCGAAUGAGAAAGACGGGCUUGAGGUUUUGGAAAAUCAGUUAGAGAAAACCGUUGAGUUGCCACAACUGGCGGAAGAGUACGUGAAAGUGGCGCUCCCGAAAUUCCAAAUCCGGAGCCAAUUCAUUUUGAAGGAAAUGCUACAAGAGCUGGGGAUGAAGAAAGCCUUCAAGGGCGAGGAGGCCGACUUGAGUGGCAUUGCAGGUGACAAAGGCGAUCUCGUAAUUGACCAAGUCGUCCAAAAAACUUUCAUUGAUUUGAACGAGGAUGGAGUUGAGGCAGCGGCUGCUACUUUCGUUGAUGGGUUUUGGAGGAGGUGUUGAUUGGACAUUUUUAACAAAGUUCUAUAGCUUUCCCUUUAGCAACAUUACAGAUAAUAAUGACAGAGCGUGGAUCAACGCCUUUACGGAAAAAGUUUAUAUGGAUCUCAAUGAAAAAGGAGUUGAGAUAGCGGAUGGUCUGAUAGCACAGUUUGAGGACACAACUUAUAUAUAUAACAAUAUUGUCGAUCUUCCUUUCAUAUUUUACAUCAAAUUAAGACAAACUAUUGUCUUUAUGGGCCGCAAAAUUAAUUUUAAAAUAAUCGACAAAGAAAAAUCCAAUAAUAAAUAAAAUUUGUGCAACACAA